AUGUCUCUCUCCAGGACCUACCGAGAGUCUCUGCUGGUGAUUUACUGGCAAAUCGUGCUGAUCUGCUCGGCUCAGAGGGGCCCGGUCGGUCCCCGAGGCUCCCUGGGGCCGCCCGGAGUAGCAGGCGUACCCGGAGUGGACGCCAUUGAUGGCGACAGAGGAGAAGACAACACAGUGACCGGCGGACCAGGCCCAGACGGAGAUAAUGGAAAAGACGGAGCUGCAGGAGCUGCAGGACUCCCAGGCGCAGACGGACUUGUUGGACCUUCUGGAGAUCCGGGAGCACUCGGGCCAAACGGACCAAAAGGAGAUGCUGGAGCUCAAGGGCCUCCUGGAGAGCUUGGUGUAGGACCUGAUGGGCUGGAUGGUAUUCCAGGUACAGAUGGGCUUCCAGGUGAAUUGGGCAAAGUUGGACCAGGCGGAGCGAGAGGCAAGAGAGGUCAAGUUGGUCUUUCUGGUGCUGCUGGGCCGCGGGGUCUUCCAGGCGUGUAUAAUGGAGAGGACCUGUGUCCCAACGCCUGCCCUUCUGGACUCCACGGACACUCUGGACUACCCGGCAUGAAAGGCCACAAAGGAAUUAAAGGUGAAUCUGGAGAGCCCGGGAGACAAGGACACAAGGGAGAGGAGGGCGAACAAGGAACGUUGGGAGAAGUCGGAUCUCAAGGACUACCAGGUCCCGGUGGAGCAAGAGGCCUCCAAGGAAUAUUUGGCUCCAAAGGCGACAGGGGUCUUCGUGGAAAAUCAGGAGAUGGUGGUCCUCAGGGAAUCCAGGGAGCCCCAGGCGAUGUGGGUCAAAGAGGAGUCAUCGGUGAGAGCGGGCCAGCAGGAGUUCAGGGUGAACGUGGUCCAUCUGGAAUCAGAGGAGUGCCCGGGCUGAAAGGAGAGGCUGGUCUUGCUGGUCCAGAUGGCCGAGAGGGGAUUCCUGGUCUUCCAGCAAUCAAGGGUAUUCCAGGGAAAAAUGGGGGUCCAGGUGAUGCCGGCCUACAAGGACUUCCUGGUUUGCCAGGCUCUUAUGGCCAAAAAGGAGUCAGUGGUGUAGUGGGUACCGCAGGUGAUCCAGGUGUUUUAGGAAUGAUGGGGUCUCCAGGGAAACAAGGGGAGCGUGGAGACCAGGGAGGAGUUGGAGCAGUCGGACCCAGAGGAGGACCAGGUGCACGUGGAGUGAGAGGGCAUGGAGGGCCUCUAGGAGCAGCAGGAGUGAGGGGAGGUAAAGGGGACCCCGGCCUGCCCGGACUUCCUGGUCCUGCUGGGUAUCUUGGGCAGAAGGGCGAGAGGGGUGCAGUUGGUGUUGAUGGUCCACAGGGAGAUCAGGGAGCUGCAGGUGCUGAAGGAACUCCAGGAACUGUUGGAGAACUGGGAGAACAAGGAGAAGCAGGAGAGAAAGGAUCGACAGGCCAACCAGGAGAAACAGGAAACAAAGGACCAGAGGGCGGCCGAGGACAGCCGGGAAAAGAUGGAAAAGAGGGUCAAUCCGGACCACGAGGCAUGCAGGGAGACAUGGGAGUACCGGGACUAACGGGGACUCAGGGACCAGCGGGGAAAACUCCAACAGAUACUCACAUCAGACAGGUCUGCAUGAGGGUAAUGCAAGAUCAGCUGGCCCAGCUAGCAGCCAGUCUGAGCAGACCUGAGUCAGGAGACUCAGGUCUGCCCGGCCCCCCUGGCCCCCCUGGACCUCAAGGAGUCAGCGGAGAGAACGGUUUCCCCGGACACAGCGGGUCCCGAGGACUGCCCGGUCUGAAGGGUCCAGCUGGACUACUGGGUCGAAAAGGACCCAAAGGUGACGUGGGAGACCGAGGGGACAGAGGACCCGUAUUGAGAGGACCCAAAGGAGCACCCGGAGCAACCGGUCAACAAGGUAAUUCGGGGCGACCGGCGUACGGUAAGGACGGCCGUGAGGGGAUGAGAGGACCCCGCGGUGUUCCCGGUAUGUUGGGCGUUCCCGGUCCUCCUGGUCCUGCCGGUGUUACCGGAUGGUGCGAGUCGUCUCAGUGCAUCCUGCCCAUGGUGGCAGCGCCUGUUUCUGCAAAGGACUCCAGCAUGAAGGGUCCCAAUGAAAUGUGAGGAGGGGGAACUGAAAGACUGGAGGAAAAACAUCCACGGAAGUUCAUUUUGUCUUUAAUUUGGAAAGUAAUUUUGUUCUCUUGAAGCCAUCUUUUUGAGUUUGACAUGGAGGUGGACACUGAAACAUCUGAAACUCCUUUACAUAAAAAAAAGUUUCAUUUUUACCUCACUCUUUGCCAUCUCUGUACUGUACAAUUAGCGAAAUGAAGAAUUCACUGAUUCAAACAUUCCUAUGAAAGCAACGAGACAAACGUUUAUCUGUAUUUUUAUGUAAAUGUGUCAAUACGCAAAUUAUACAGCUGGAUGACGUCCAUUUUGUUUGUGAGUAUCUGUGUUGUUAUUCCACUUUAACCCCCGCUGUGCCUCUAAAUGGAGGAUAUGUUUGAUAAUUUCUCUGUCAUGGCGACUGUUGUUUUUGUGAAUGGAGGGCGGCGAUGUGUGGAAACCUCUCUGACAGUUUUAUAUGACUUCUUAUUUAUUAUAUCAAGAUUCAAGGUGACAUCUACGAGUUGUACAAAGGAGGAAAUAAACACAUUUUGAUAACC